AUGGCUUCUCAAGCUGAUGAUGCCCCGGCUCAAGCCAGCAUUGGCGAGGAGGAUAUCAAGGAACAUGUGCAUGAUGAGCUCCAGAGAAGACAACGACAAGAUUCGACAGCGACCGUGUUCCCCGAGCCUCUACGAGAAAGCGAUGACUCCGCUGACGAAGACGAUGGCCCUACCCAAGGGCCCCCGAUGUUUAUGAACAUGAACCAGAGCAUAUUUGGGCUUAUUGCGACGGCUAGUUCUCGUGUGGACUUCAAUGAUCGUUUCGAUGGCAUGAGUAGCGACGAGGAGGGCGAAGGUUCCGGAUCACAAAACAACCGUCACGAGGAUAUCGCACAAACUUCGAUUCUACAGCCAGCUGGCAAAGGCAAAGGCAAAGUUAACCGAAGAAAGAAGCUGUCCGACCACAAGCUUCUUCGAUCAUUACCCGCACUGCCGAAACUUCGCUCGCGACAUAAAUCUCAACCUUCCCGUCUAGCUCCAGUUGAAGCUGAUGAUGAAUCAGACGGCGAAGGCAGCGGCGCCUUAUCACCAGCGCCUGCGCUUACUCUCACACGUCAUGAUACGCAAGGUCGGCUAGCGCCUGUCAUGAGCAGAAUGUUGGAGGCCAAAGCGGACUUGUCAAGUAGGCCGAGCUUUGAUCUUGAUCGUCUGUCUUCGGAUGUCAGUCGAUCCAGCGAUGGCGAUGAAGUGACAGCUCUCUCGAAGAAGCUCAAAGAAAUAUUUGAGUUUGAUGAAUACGAGCAGGUUAUUGAAGAAUAUCCCUGCUGGCUAUUACAGAGUGUCCUUCUUCAAGGAUACAUGUACAUUACCUCGAAACAUAUUUGCUUCUACGCAUAUCUUCCCAAAAAGACGCAUGAAGCCGCCAAAUCAGGAUAUCUUUCGAAGAGCGGCAAGCGUAAUCCAAGCUACACCAGAUUUUGGUUCCGACUAAAGGGUGAUGUCCUGACGUAUUACAAAAACGCGGCAGACGUUUACUUUCCCCAUGGUCAGAUCGAUCUGCGUUACGGUAUCUCGGCAAGUAUUGCAGACAAGGAUAAGGACGGUCUGCAUUUCAAUGUCGAGACACAUCAUCGGACGUACAAGUUCAAGGCCGACAGUGCACCAAGUGCAAAGGAGUGGGUCAAGAGCCUCCAAAGAGUCAUCUUCCGAAGCCACAACGACGGCGACAGUGUCAAGAUCUCACUGCCAAUCAAGAACAUGAUUGAUAUUGAGGACACUCAAAUGAUUGCCUUUGCCGAUACAUGCAAGAUUCGAGUCAUCGACAACGAUGAGACCUACGCCAUUGAUGAGUACUUCUUUUCCUUCUUCAGCUUUGGAAAGGAAGCCAUCAAUGUUCUGAAGAUUCUCAUUGAAGCUUCUUCAGGGAGUCGCUCAACGGAAAAGGCAGUCUCUAGUCUCGAAGACAAUGACGGCACAGAAUCACCUCCCGGCGGGGCUUCCCUGGCGGCAAGCAGACACGGCUCCAACAUGAGUAAAUUGCGCACCGGCAAGUUACCUGAUACUGUCAAGGCGACAUUAGCCCCUAUGUCACCUUUGUCGCCUCGCUCCCCUGGUCAGAUGAGCCCUCGCGCCAGUAUAGACGGACCACGAUCGAGUUUCGACGCCUUUAAACGGUUUGGAAGAAAAAGCAUGGAUGUCCCAAGCCCAAUCGGAGACCAUAGCCCUCGCAGGAGCUUUAGCGGAACGAGACACUCGACGAGCUUUCAUCAACACGGUACCACGACUCCUAAAGCUCAAGACUCAGGAGACUCGUUCCUCCAAUCAUCAAUGGAGCCGAGCAUUUCUACCUUAUCGCCUUCUUCCUUUGAGGAUACCUCCGCGAGUCAAAUCCUAGAAGGGAGCGAAGUCUUUCGCAGCCCGACGAUGCGACGAUCCGCUUCCGCCUCGAGAAAACGUGACCAAUCCGGCAAGCGGACACCUCGUAACUCCAGCUCCCAAAGAGAUCGGCCUCACCCUGUCCAUCAUUCUGCGACGACGGGCGCUCUGCAGGACAUGGGUGGCGAGCAGAGUGAUUCGCAAAGGCCGGUAACCCCAACACUUAACAGUAUCACCAAGAUCGGAGCGUAUCCUCUCCAACGAGCCAAUGCAUUUGCCGAAUACCUGAGCCGCACAAGUCAGCGCAUGGGCUCCAUGUUUGCGACCGAGUCCCUUGGUUAUGUUGAAAAGGUGCACGGCAUGUGGAAAGGAGAGCACCGGCAUUAUGACGAGCCACACGAGCUUCGGACUGAUGACGAUGCUGAGGACAUGGAUUCGGAUACGGAUGACAAGAUGCAAACCACGAUGGAUCGAUUCCGAGCACAUUUCGCCUUACCCGAGUCCGAGAAGCUCGUAGCGACAUACUUUGGUGCCAUCUUCAAAGUCCUCCCUCUGUAUGGAAAGUUCUAUAUCAGCGACCGCUCAUUCUGCUUCCGAAGUUUGUAUCCUGGGACAAGGACGAAGCUCAUUCUCCCACUAAAGGAUAUCGAGAACGUCCAUAAAGAAAAGGGUUUCCGAUUUGGUUACUAUGGUCUCACAGUUGUCAUCCGUGGUCACGAAGAACUUUUCUUUGAGUUUAGAAAGCCUGGGUUGCGAGACGAUUGCGCCGUAACUCUACAUCAGCUCAUGGAAACUAACCGUUUUCUCGAGAAGUCUGGUAUCCUUGAUCAAGAGGAACAAGAUGAGGAGGAGGCUGCUGCAGCAAUUGCGGAACACGAUGCCCUAAAAGAGGCACGACAACAUGAGCUCGCUAAUCACGAGUUGGAGCUGCCACACGAGAUCUCCGGUGUCUCCAAUGCCCCGACAAUUCUCUUUGACAAUCCCAACUCUUCCGGCCUCGCUUUCAAGCCGCAAAAGUCAAUGAAGAUUACCUGUCUAACCAUUGGAUCCCGAGGAGAUGUGCAACCAUACAUCGCUCUGUGCAAGGGUCUUCUUGCUGAAGGGCACAAGCCUCGGAUUGCUACACACGGCGAGUUCCAGGAGUGGAUCGAGUCACAUGGUAUCGAGUUUGCUCGAGUCGAGGGCGACCCUGGUGAGUUGAUGCGCCUCUGCAUCGAGAAUGGCACUUUUACCUGGGCUUUCCUGCGUGAGGCAAACUCGACUUUCCGAGGAUGGCUUGACGACCUGCUGGACUCUGCUUUCACAGCAUGCGAGGGUUCAGAACUUCUCAUCGAAUCUCCAUCGGCCAUGGCAGGCAUUCACAUCGCAGAGAAGCUCGGAAUCCCUUACUUCCGAGCGUUCACUAUGCCUUGGACUAGGACACGGGCAUACCCUCACGCGUUUAUCAUGCCCGAGCACAAGAUGGGCGGAGCCUACAAUUACAUGACGUACGUUAUGUUCGAUAACAUCUUUUGGAAGGCUACUGCGUAUCAAGUGAAUCGAUGGAGAAACAAGACGCUGGGACUUCCCAGCACAAGUCUCGAGAAGAUGCAGCCGAACAAGGUUCCGUUCCUGUACAACUUCAGCCCUAGUGUGGUUGCUCCGCCCUUGGACUUUUCGGACUGGAUCAGAGUGACAGGUUACUGGUUCCUUAAUGAGGGCGGUGACUGGGAGCCGCCUCAAGAGCUUCAGGACUUUAUCGCCAAGGCCAGAGCAGAUGGAAAGAAGUUAGUGUAUGUCGGUUUCGGGUCUAUCAUCGUCAAGGAUCCUGCCAAGAUGACACAAGAGGUCAUUGACGCCGUUCUCAAGGCGGAUGUCCGAUGUAUUCUCUCGAAGGGUUGGUCUGAUCGCAUCUCGCCGAAGGAUGACCCAUCCAAGCCCCGGCCUGAAGAGCCCAUUUUGCCUCCGGAGAUCCAUGUGAUCAAGUCUGCGCCCCAUGACUGGCUCUUCAGCCAGAUUGACGCUGCCGCACAUCAUGGUGGUUCUGGAACAACCGGAGCUAGUCUCCGAGCUGGUAUCCCGACCAUCAUCCGUCCAUUCUUUGGCGACCAGUUCUUCUUCGCAACCCGAGUUGAGGAUCUUGGAGUUGGAGUGUGGGUGCGCAAAUGGGGAACCAUCAGUUUCGGCCGAGCCCUUUGGGAAGUGACGCGUAACGAGCGCAUGAUUGUAAAGGCUCGGGUCCUUGGCGAACAGAUUCGUAGUGAGUCUGGUGUUGAUAACGCCAUCCAGUGCAUCUACCGCGAUAUGGAAUACGCCAAGAGCCUCAUCAAACGCAAGGCUGGCAAGAAUACCCAGCACGAUCUUGCUGAAGAUGACGACACCGAAGAGAGCUGGACCUUUGUCGGCAGAGACGAACACGAUCCCGAUGCAGUAACGAAGAAAUUGAGUGAGGGUUUAGUCGGACUUGGAGCAGGUAGCGACCGACCGCUACCAUUGGGAAGCCAAGCACCCUCAUCCGAAACGACAUGA